GACUUGGCAUGAUUUCCUGCAGCUUUAAAUUUACAUUUAGCUUGACUGAGGCUCAAUUUAGAAGCAUAUUCCAGAUAAGACAGUCUGAUAGUCGGUAGUUCCCUGUCACUGCCUCUGCUGGGAAGAGCUCUGGGCGUUUACAGCAGUGACAAACACCUCCCUCACUUGCAGUUUAAAUGCAGCGAGAAAAUCUCCGUGGGAUGUCAGUCUUGCCUGCGUUAAAGAACAGAGGGACUCAGCGAUGGAGUUUCUCUCUCUUAUUGUCAGCGCUGUUUUAGUUUGUGUUGUCAGUGCUGGGAUACCUCAUGAUGGCAUACAUUGGACAUACACAGAGGGGGCGUUGGACCAGAUGCACUGGCCAACCAAGUACCCUGCAUGCGGAGGCAAGAAGCAGUCUCCCAUAGACAUCCAGCGGCGCAACGUAAGGCACAACCCAGACAUGCUGCAGCUGGAGCUCAAAGGAUAUGAUGCUCUGAGAGGGAAUUUUCUCAUGUCCAACAACGGACACUCCGUUCAAAUUGACCUGCCUCCCACCAUGGUGAUCAGCAAGGGUCUCCCAGGAAAAUACACAGCUGUCCAGAUGCACCUGCACUGGGGCGGCUGGGACUUGGAAGCCAGUGGUGCAGAGCACACUGUAGAUGGCAUCCGUUACAUGGCAGAGCUCCAUGUCGUCCAUUAUAACUCUGACAAGUACAAGAGCUUCACUGAAGCCAGAGAUAAGCCUGACGGACUGGCAGUGCUCGCCUUUUUCUAUGAUGACGGUCAUUUUGAAAACACCUACUACAGCGACUUCAUCUCCAACCUGGAAAAGAUCAAGUAUGCAGGGCAGUCCAUGAACAUUUCCAGCAUUGAAGUGCGAUCCAUGCUCCCCGAGAACCUCAACCAUUUCUUCAGAUACCAGGGCUCCCUCACCACCCCGCCCUGCUAUGAGAGCAUCCUGUGGACUGUGUUUGAUACUCCCAUCACUCUCUCACACAACCAGAUCAGGAAACUGGAGAGCACUCUGAUGGACAUUGACAACAAGACCCUGUGGAAUGAUUACCGCAUCGCUCAGCCGCUCAACGACAGAGUGGUGGAGUCAUCUUUCCUGCCACGCCUCGGGAAAGGAACAUUUUGUCGGCAGGAUGAGAUUGAAUCCAGACUCCUGAAGAUCGAGGGUCUGAUUACGUCUCUUGGAAAGCAUGUAACAUCAGGUGGAACUCGUAACUCAAGGCCUACAAGAUAUGAGCCUCGUGCUCUUUUCCCCCUGGUGCUCCAAUUCCAAGACAAACACUCUGGUGGUUAUGCUUUGGCUCGCCCUAGCCACCCCAUGGAACUGGACUCCUUCACCAUCUGCAUGCACCUCCUUCCUCAGCUGGAGGGCGUCCACACUGUCAUCUCUUACUCCAGCAACGGCAACGAGAAUGAGAUGACCGUCUCCAUCGGCGAGGACAGAGACGCCAGAGAGGUCGGCCUCUGGAUCGGCAAUGAGUUCGUCAACCUGCCACAUAACUUCAUGUCCCACGACUGGGCCAACUACUGCAUCACAUGGUCAUCUCACACAGGUGGUGCGGAGCUAUGGAUCAAUGGCAAGGUGGGGGAGCGGCGGUACCUGAAGAAUGGCCACUACGUCAGCCCAGGAGGUGUUUUCAUCCUGGGAAUAGACCAGGAUGGAUUACUGGGAAUCUCUAACAACAAAGCCUUUGAGGGGAAGAUGACUGAUGUCAACAUGUGGGACUACGUCCUGACCACGGCUGAUAUCCGAGACCAGAUGUCGUGUGAGAGGAACAGCACCAUGGUGGGAAAUGUGAUCAGCUGGGGGAGCACCAAACUCAGCAUGUUUGGAGGGGUGCAGCUGGACACUCAGUACAGAUGUUCCUAAAGAAGAUGAGCUUAUUCUGUUUGAUUUAAAAUGUAAAAAAAAAAUAAAAAAAUAUCAGUGCUGAUGUGGGGAUUUAAAUGUGUUUUGAUAAUAGAAUGAAGGAUGUCAUAUCUUUCGUGUACCUCCAAGUCAAUUUCAAAUGCAAACUUUGCAUCCUUUCAUCUUCAAUAAAGGUUUUGAAGUGUC